CUGGUCGGCAGGUGUCAGUAAUGUGUUAAGAAACCUGGGAAAAGGAACGAAGAAGACCCGUGUCCUUCACAACAGCUAACAUGGCUACUGCUACUAAAUUCAUUCAAAGGCUGCGAAAUUUUUUAUCAGGGCAUGACCUGCAAGCCAAACUGCAGCUGCGAUAUGAGGAGAUUGCAAAGAGGACACAACCACCACCCAAACUGCCAGUAGGCCCGAGCCACAAGUAUGCCAAUAACUACUACUACAGCAGAGAUGGACGGAGAGAAUCAGCCCCUCCCACACUCGUGAUGUCCUCACAGAAAGCCCUUACUGCUGGCAGUCAAGUUGCUGAGACCUCAAAGCUUCCAGUGACUCCCGGGGCUGUUUAUAAAGAGCCAACAAUCUCCACAGACCAGCCCUACCUCUGAGCAGCAAGACAAGACUCUGCAGUGUCAACAUCAUGUCUCCAUCCUGCCCUGACUACAGCAAGUGUUGGUUGUAUCUUGUACAAUAGAAGAUGUGAAUAAAAUACUAUGUUUAUCUGUU